GCUCUUGUGAUAAGGAGCUAAAGGUGUGAACACAGAGGGCUGAAGGAAGGGCUGGAAGCGCAGAGAUUCACUGUCAUGUGACUGCGAUGUAAUGCUUGUGUUUGCACCGUGUGCUGCUUCUCUACAGGUUUAUUUGAACCAUGGAUUAUUACCGUGUGCUCGGCGUUGUUUUACUUUCUCUUCUGGCUUACAUUAAUGCCGAGCAGGUGAAAUUUGCCGACUGUGGCUCAACAGAAGGAAAAGUUUCUGAGGUUAACAUCCAGCCCUGCCCAUCACAGCCAUGCCAGCUUCACAAGGGACAGUCCUACACAGUCAAUGUAACCUUCACCAGCAGUGUUGCCAGUCAGAACUGCACAGCUGUGGUUCACGGAGUGGUCGCUGGGAUCCCCGUCCCCUUCCAUAUUCCUCAAUCAGAUGGGUGCAAGUCUGGAAUCCAGUGUCCUCUUGAGCCGCAAAAAGCUUACAGCUACGUCAACCAGUUGCCUGUCAAGACCGAGUAUCCAGCAAUAAAACUGGUGGUGAAAUGGGAAUUAAUAGACGACUCCAGCAAAGAUUUAUUUUGCAUCAAGUUCCCUGUUCAGAUUGUGAACUGAAGGCCAACAGUGAAGCCAAGACUCUUUCAAAGGGAUACAAUUAAGAACCGAGGCAUCUGGAUGUGUGCCUAAACACUUUUCUAUAGACCCUUUUUAUAUCUAAUAUUGGUAUGAUUUAUUCUUCUAUUUAUUU